AUGUGCUGCGCUCUCCGUCAGGGACAAUCUUCCACAUUCGACUUCCGGGACAUCUGCUGGGACACGGCCGAAUUCGCAGCUGCCACUGUGAAACUACAAAAGACUACACUUGUAGUUGUAUCCGUUUAUGUGGAUCGGCGUCUUCCUCGGGGCUUGUUAUCCGACUGCCUCAAAUACAUCCGCCAUCAGUGCCCAGGCAACCUGAUUAUAUGUGUCGAUUUCAACGCACACUACCACUUUUGGGGUAGUGACAAGUGUUCCCCCCGAGGUUCAGAAAUCGUUGACGCCAUCGACGAACUAGAUCUGGCAGUAGCGAACUCUGGAGCAGCAACCUUUUUCAGGCCGCCCUCUUCCUACUCAGCAAUAGACAUUUCCAUCUACUCCCCUGGUCUCCACGUCACAUGGGAUGCAGGAAAAGAUACAAUGGGAAGUGAUCACUUCCCCAUCUUUCUCACGCUCCCUCACUCCACUAGCAACCUCGCACCCCCUCCACGAUUCCGCCACUCUGUCACACACUGGGAUCGCUACCGCAGCCUGCUCAAUUUGGACAACAGCAGUGACAUCACAACAGCCAUACAGUCAUCACUAAAAGGGACAACAUCGGCCAUCUCCAAGAGGGCAACGGACCCAGUCCCUGACCUCAAAUUUCUCAACCUCUCAGCAGCCAGGAGGAGAGCACAGCGCCGACUACGUAAAAACCCAACAAAGGACAACACACUCUCCUUCAAUCGAAUCUCUGCCGUACUGAGGCGGUACUCCAAUGCCCUGCGACGUUUCCAAUGGAAGGGUUUCUGCACCUCCUUCACCCCACACACGCCUUGCACGAAGAUUUGGGCAGUGGUAAACAAGCUCACUGGCAACUGCUCCAACAAGCACCUCUUCCAGGAAAUUGCCCUGGCCCAUUCUCUCACCCUCACCGAAGCAGCAAACCUCUUCGGUGAAACUUUCACCCAGACAGCAGUUCCACAGCCGGCAGUACAACUACCACAGCUCCCUCACCACCGCAUGGACGCCCCUUUCACGCGCACUGAACUCAUGUCUGCUUUGCAUAGCAGCAUCCGUCGCACCAGCCCAGGUCAAGACGGAGUCACCUACCAGGCCAUCAAGAAUCUAACAACACAAGCACAAGACAGACUCCUUGCAAAAUACAAUGCAAUCUGA